CCUGUUAAUGUUCUUUUCAUCCACAACAGAUGAUGCAGAACAUGUUUCAGGAGGGGUUGUACCAUGUUUUUUUCAAGGAGACUCCUCCAGCCAGUCCCCCCACUGAGACCAGUAACACCAAUAAUGAGGAGCUGACAAACGUUAGGAUUCAUCGUUGGUUUGGGACUGUGGUAAACACAAGACUUUUAGUCACUGGGGUGAUUCAGGUCCUCAGCGCCUUGGCUAGCGUUCUGGCCACAGUGAGCCAUGCGUGUGUGAGUUACGGCUGUUCUGUUGUCAUGGUAACUCCAGUCUGGUCAAGCUUGUCAUAUGCAGCUGCUGGGUGCCUGGCAGUGGAGGUUCAGAGGAAGGCUAGUAACGUAAAGAUCAUCAUUCUCAUGGCGCUGAACGUUUUCAGUCUGCUGUUUGGAUUUGCUGCUCUGCUGGCCAAUAGCCUCGCAUCAGUGGAAGCUGCAGACCUGAGCUCAUACCAGCAGGCUGGUUCAAAUGUUGCAAAGGCGAGCUACAUAGCGUUCACUUCCCUGUGUUUUCUGGGAACACUCUACAUCCUGUUCCUGUGCUGGAGAGGUCUGCGCCGAUACAGCUCUCGCAACGUUAAGGCCUACAUCCGCAUCUCACAGGAUCCAGAGGACACGAAUGGGCUUCUGACGGAACAAGAAGACCCGAAUCUGUAAAACUCAAUUAGGAAAUCCUGCGAGAGGGAAGUGACUGCAGCCAGCCUGGACGUGAUGACACGAGAGUGAGCGUGUCUGGUGGACUGGAAGGGGCGAAUUCAUGUUGGGAUCACCUUUAUUAAGAAGUGCGACUUCUUAGUUAAGGUCUCCCUGAAGAUAUUUUAUAAAUACACACUAAGUAAAAAGAACAGACACACACAGAGACGUCAUCUUGAGAACAUUCAUCAAUAAUUUAUUUUUCUUACUCUCAAGAACCACCACAGCUUCUCAUCUUGAAAAUUCAUCAUUAAUUUCCAACAACACAGUUUUGCAAAAUGUAAAGUUACUAUACAAAUUCUUAAUAGAAAAAAAAGAAUAAAUUAACUGUGGAAUUCAGUUUUUUUUUAUUGUUUUUAAAUCAAUUCCCCUUUUUUUUUUUUUUUUCUACAACGCCUUUAAUGUAAUAUUACAGCUGAAGAGAACCGAUCAACUCAAGUUACAUGCUCUACUGUCUGGUUGAGGAGGUGAUCUAAUAUUAAACUGCCGGUUAAAAUAAAUUCAUUUUGCAAGUAUCGGUAAGAACGGAGAGAUGUCUAGAGGUCCUACGAGACAAAGCAGUAACUGGUCGUUUUGUAGCACCUGAAAGGGUUUCUUAGUGUUGGAAAAAAGACAUACUGGCUGAUAUAAAAUGUUAAUGCUGCUAAAACAAUGAAUGUGAGUUAAAAAAAAAAUCCCAUCGACCCUAACAGCUGUCCUCUGAACAUACAUGAAAAAAAAAAAAAAAAACUCCACAGGGUUGGAGUAUUACAAAAUUCUUCAUACAUGAUCACGGAGCAGGAAAAGUUUGCUUUUUGGGACUACAGAAGGUUUUCACACUGGUUUACAAUGAGCUCAGAGAUUAUAAUAGGAUCAGUUCUGUGGGGGUCUGAACAACUCCAUUAAACAAUGACAGUUCAUUUUAGCUGGAGGAAAAAUGGUGCGGCAUUUGAGGUCUUUUGUCUGUGGGUCUGCAUGCACGAGCCAGGUCUUCAGCACACAAACUAAUCCUAAGACAUUAGUAGGGAGAAAUCAAACCUCUUAAGAUGAAUUCCUAUCAGAUGGUAAACUAGAUUGCUGGUUCUAAUCUUGCAUAAAGACGUAUUAAAAUUGACGAAGGAAGGAUUACUCUUGGAGGAGUAGACAUGCACUUAGGGAGUGGGCUGCACCUCCUUGCAAAACAAUGUUAGAAGUUUUUCUUAAGUGCUUAUGGCCACUUAUAACAAAGGUUAUUAUGGUGGGAACAAUUGGAUUCAUACCAUUCACAAAUCCUUGUUGUAGUGUUACUUGAACAAUAGGGUUAAAUCAUAUUCAUGUGAUGGUCAUAUUUGUAAAAUAAAACAGUUAAUAAAUUACAGUUUUGUGCUACAACAAA